CACUAGAAUUCGCUUACGGAAACAAGCUGCAGACCGAUCAUGUUUUUGCUUAUCUAAACUAAAAGGAUAAGAUAACUGCGACCUAGAUUAAAGUUUAAUCGCGUAUUGUCACCCCGUGGGUUCAGACACGAUGUUGUCGCGCUACGUGGUGUCGCAGGUGAAGCACAACGGGUACUUCCUGGCUGGGCUCGCGCUGGGCCUGUGGCUGGCGCUGGCCACGGUGCCGCUGGACGACGCGCCGACGUGUGCCGCGCCGUCGCUGCCGGUGCUUGAUGACUAUGAGCCACAGCGCGAGGAGAGGCCUGAUCAUGCAGCGGUAGCAGCAGGGCGAGCAGUGCAGAGGCCACGCUACUACAGCACGGAGCUGGGCAUGCGCGCGCCGCUGCUGGCCGGCGUGCUGGCCGGUGCGGUGGAUGCACGAUCCACCGCCAUCAACGACACUGCUCAUGUCCUGCAGCCAGCGUUGAAGUUCUUCAUCACUGCUGAUAGCCGCCAGGCAUCGAGCGGCCUAGCCAACGUGGUGGGUUUCACCGACUCCCGCGCCCUACUCCGGCCUUUCCAUGCGCUCAAGUAUCUCGCUGAUAACUUCCUUGACGAAUACGACUUCUUCUUCUUAAGUGCGGACAACGCUUACAUCAAUGCGAGGAGAUUAAAGCAGCUGGUGGCCAGUAUCAGUGUGUCGCAGGAUGUGUACAUGGGCAUGGUGGAGGGCGACAGCCAGUAUUGUUUGCUAGAAAGCGGCAUCCUCCUAUCAAAUAGCGUGCUCCGCGCAGUCCACAACGCGCUCGACUGGUGCGUGCGUAACUCGUACUCUCCCCACCACCACGAGAACCUCGGCCGCUGCGUGCUGCACGCGGCGCGCACGCCCUGCACUAACAACAUGCAGGGCGAGACAUACGUGUCAGCGACUCUAUCGGACCCGCUCCAACUGACGCCAUCUUUAGCGGACGCCGUGACGGCGCAUCCGGCUACACCGCCGCAAAUGUACUCGCUUCACGCUUACGUCUCUAGUGUGCUGCUGACGAGGGCCAAGGACGAAACUAGAGCACUGCGGAGGGCUCUACACCGGGGAAUACGGAGUCAUCCACCUGGGUUCCGCAACGGCACUUGGCCCGGCGGGCUGCGCUCGGAGCCCGGGCUGGCGGCGCCGGCGCCCGACUCGCGCUUCGACCACCCGCGCUGGCUCUCCUUCAACCGCACACACGCCUACAUGCUGGAUGACCUCGCUGCAGUCCGACCCCUGCCCCGCGCGCAUACUGCGGCGCUGGACAUGGUGUGGGAGACAGCGCGUGCCUGGGCGCUGCGCCAGUACGGAGCGCGCGAGGCUGCGCUCGUUGAAGGCGCCAUGCGCUGGGAGCCCGCCACCGCACUCAAAUAUAGGUUACUAGUGAGGCUGACAGGAGACAAGGAUAGUGUGUGGGAGACAGCGCGUGCCUGGGCGCUGCGCCAGUACGGAGCGCGCGAGGCUGCGCUCGUCGAAGGCGCCAUGCGCUGGGAGCCCGCCACCGCACUCAAAUAUAGGUUACUAGUGAGGCUGACAGGAGACAAGGAUAGUGGCCAGAUGGUGUGGGAGACAGCGCGUGCCUGGGCGCUGCGCCAGUACGGAGCGCGCGAGGCUGCGCUCGUCGAAGGCGCCAUGCGCUGGGAGCCCGCCACCGCACUCAAAUAUAGGUUACUAGUGAGGCUGACAGGAGACAAGGAUAGUGGCCAGAUGGUGUGGGAGACAGCGCGUGCCUGGGCGCUGCGCCAGUACGGAGCGCGCGAGGCUGCGCUCGUAGAAGGCGCCAUGCGCUGGGAGCCCGCCACCGCACUCAAAUAUAGAUUGCUAGUGAGGCUGACAGGAGACAAGGAUAGUGGCCAGGCGGUCCGUCUUCGUCAGUUAGAAGUGGUCCGUCCAUUAGGCGCGGCGCGGCUGGCCCCUGUUCCAUACGUCACCGAGUCCGCGCGCGUGGCUUUAGUACUGCCAGUACUGCUCACACAACAUGCUGAACAGCAACAGUUGGACGACGCUGCCGCCUUCCUCACGCGCUACGAGUCCGUCUGUCUUAACAAGGAUAAGAAUACCAACCUAGUUAUCGUGCUAGUAACAGAAGGCACAGAGCCAGAACAAGCAACCUCGCUUCGCUCGGCCGCCGCGGCCACAGCCAACAGACACCGCGCCAAUAUCGAGGUCCUGUCAGCCACACUGACGUCUGCAGACGAGACCGAGCUACAGCGAGCGGCGCGCGCUGGAAGAGCGGCUUUAGAGACACCGCGCCAAUAUCGAGGUCCUGUCAGCCACACUGACGUCUGUAGACGAGACCGAGCUACAACGAGCGGCGCGCGCUGGAAGAGCAGCUUUAGAGGUCCUGUCAGCCACACUGACGUCUGUAGACGAGACCGAGCUACAGCGAGCGGCGCGCGCUGGAAGAGCGGCUUUAGAGGUAACAAUCAACAUUUAAGAAGUUAUUUCAUGUUAUUAUGUAGAAAUAAUAGAAGAAUGGAACCUAGCAAUGCUAACAAUAGACACCGCGCCAAUAUCGAGGUCCUGUCAGCCACACUGACGUCUGUAGACGAGACCGAGCUACAGCGAGCGGCGCGCGCUGGAAGAGCGGCUUUAGAGGCGGGGCUGGCGCGGCUGCCGCGCGACGCACUGGUCCUGCUCGCUGACGUCGCCAUGGAGUUCAACGAGGAAUUUCUCAACCGGGCCCGUAUGAACAGUAUAUCGGGCGUGCAAUGGUUCCUGCCGUCCGCGUUCGCGCGCUACAACACGUACACACACCCCAAGGUGGUGGCGCCCGACGGCUCGCGGCCGCAGCACCACACGGGCCGCUUCACCCCCCGCGGCCCCGUGCUGGCCGUGUACAAACAAGACUAUAUGCUAGCCGUAUCCGAAUGGCGCGCCAGCGGCGGCUCCGAGUCUGCUUCAGCGGCCUCCAUCCUCGCGGCCUCGCGGCUGCGAGCCAUACGAGCUCCCGAGCCCGGCCUCGUGCUACAACCGUCAGCCCCUCCCUGUCGAUACAGCGAGGACCGCGGCUCAUGCCUAUCAAAGUUGCGCGAAGCUGGAGAGUUCGAGCUACUCGAGUUGGGAGCGAAGCACGCGCUCGCCAAACUAGAACUCGAGGUGAAAGCCGAACUCGAGUGAUACAUUCAAUAUGUCAUCAGUGUAGCGUAGCGUAGUACAGUCAGCAGCUAGCAGAAGUCUCUGCUUCUUUGUUUAGUAGCUUAGAUUUAAAUCAUCUUUAUCCGAUCAAAUGUGGUUCUUGUAGUUCAUCAGUAGUUUAGAAACAUGUAUAUUUUAAUAGCAAACGCCUACUGUUCACUAUUUUAGUUAUUUAGCGAUUGUCACAAAAGUUGUAAGGCAGUUGUCCAACAAGCGGCGAUCAGCGAGUAGCGACGGGCAAGGGUUUUCUGAAUACUCGUCGGCUGUGUGAACAGCCAGACAUCAGAGAUUAAUAUUCAUAUGUAUGGGACCUACUCGUAUAUCUCGCUACGUGGGUACAUUUCUUGCUCGAUGAAAUAGUUGAUCGCUACUCGCUUUUUCGCUGCAGGUCUAAAAGCUGCCUUAAUACGUUUUUCCUUGAACAGAACCUAAACUUAGACAUUAAAUUUACCAAUUUUGAGUCUAAAACAUAACCCUGUUAUAGGCUCGUUGGCGAAUGCGAAAGCGAUUAAGAAAGAAAAGAAAACGAGUAUGUGAAGUAACGUUUAUUUAACUGCGUGAAGACAAGAAGUAUAUCUAACUAAAUAAUGCAUUUACCGUGAUAAUACCCUGAUUAGUGAUACGUGACAAUAAUAUGAAAUAAAUUACCUUUUAUACCUU